GGCUCCGAUUGGCUUCAGCAGGAGGCGGCGAGCCAAUCCUCGCGGAGUCUAACGCUCUCCUCCUGGGAUCACUUCCGCCGCCGGGCAGGCCCCGCUCUGUUCGCCCGGCAUCGCGGAGCCGCGGAGUCAAGAUGGAGGAGUACGCACGCGAGCCCUGCCCCUGGCGCAUCGUGGACGACUGCGGUGGGGCCUUUACAAUGGGAACCAUAGGUGGUGGGAUCUUCCAGGCAAUCAAAGGCUUCCGCAAUUCUCCAGUGGGAGUAAAUCACAGACUACGAGGGAGUUUGACAGCUAUUAAAACCAGGGCUCCACAGUUGGGAGGUAGCUUCGCGGUUUGGGGAGGCCUGUUUUCCAUGAUCGACUGCAGUAUGGUUCAGGUCCGAGGGAAGGAAGACCCCUGGAACUCCAUCACGAGCGGUGCCUUAACUGGAGCCAUCCUGGCGGCAAGAAACGGGCCAGUGGCCAUGGUCGGGUCGGCUGCCGUGGGUGGCGUUCUCCUGGCUCUCAUCGAAGGGGCUGGCAUCUUGUUGACACGCUUUGCGUCUGCACAGUUUCCCAACGGUCCUCCGUUUGCUGAAGACCCCUCCCAGUUGCCUUCCGCCCAGUUACCAGCCUCGCCCUUCGGGGAGUAUCGGCAGUACCAGUAGGACUUCCCUCCCGGACUUCUACAGAGCAUCAGCCAGAGGGUGCCAGCCUGGCCCCUGGGGACUUGAGCUGUGUGCCCAUCCUGCACGCCGUCGGGCCAUCAGGAUGAGUCGGCUCACCCUCUGCUCCAGACGCGGUGCUGUCUCUACAAGCAUCGCCACCAGACGGUCCAGGACAAAGGGUGUUCGGCACCUCGUGCAGCUGUGCAGAUGCGCGUGUGAGCCACGGAGAGCUGGGUCCCAGGGUUGGUUUUAACUUGAAUGCUCCGUGGUUACAGGAAUGUUCUGUGUGCCCUUGAGUCUUUUAUUUGUUGGGAGCUUUUCAUGGCCUGUCUGUGGUUAGUUUUGUGUGUUUUCUCUAAUGGUUAGGUGGAAAGUUGGGGGGUGUGUUGAUUAGGUAAAGAUGGUGACUUUUAAAAUGUUUUUACUGAA